AUGACCGACCAGCCACCCGCAGUGCGUGUGGCUCACAAUACACCACAGGGCGUCGACUGCAACGCUCAAGCUCCGACCCGUCAGUCUCUCGAACAGGAAAAGGCCAGACUUGAGAACCAGAUCAUGCUAGGACAUGGCAUGAAGCACAGCUACGAAAGCCUCGCCGGACGUUCUCCCGAGAGGAGGAAAAGGGACGAGAAGAUCUUGGCCAUCAAGAUGGUCACCGGUAACAAGCGUGUCUAA